AUGAGUUCAUUAACAUCAUCGUCAUCGUCAUGGUCUCAUAUACCUUCUCCCUCUUUUACUCAUGUCCUUUCUUCCUUCGUCGUUUCCCAAGGUUGUUCUGAUCAGCGCGGACCUUUUUUUCUGUGUGUUGCUGUCAUUCCCUUGUCGGUUUCUUCUUCUUUUUCUCGCGAUAUACCAUCGCCGCCAGUUUUGUCAUCGUUCCGUUCACGCUUUCCUUGCUCAGAUCUUUUUCCAUCCUGCUUUCGACUUGUCUUUCAUCCGGUUUAUUCCCUAGAACAUUCCAUUUCGGAGACAGUUCUGACCCGGUUCCCCCAAGCUUCGACGUUCAUCCUUUCGCUGCUCGGGGUUUCCUGCCCGUUUCUGAGAGAAUUCCAUCCAUUCAUUUGUGACUCAGGAUUGUAG